CGUUAUGGUUCCACAUGCAGUUCAGAUGUCUUCAUGUGAAAUAAUAUUUUAAUAAUAAAAAAGAUAAGAAAAAAUAAGUCAACAGGUAAAUUAGUGAAACCUUAUAACGACAGAUACCAUGCUGCUGUUUUUGAUUUUAGCAACGAUUCUUGGCGUAGAUGGACAAUGCUCAUUCGAACAACUACCAAGACUUAAUGAUAUUUGUAGUGCCAAAAUUUCUUGCCAUGGAACAACACGCAGCUUGAUGAAUACCGUGAAGCAAUGGGAUUGUAUAAAAACUGGCGGGCGGUUGCGGCAUUAUAAUGAAUAUGGUGUUGAUUAUUAUGAAGAUGAAAUAGGGACAGCUUAUUACUUAAACGUAAAUCUUAGAAAUGUAAAUAUCGAUAUUUCCGAGGAUCCAUUAAUUAAUCUAAUAGAUGUAAGCACUAACGUUAUAAAUUUAAACAUAGAAAGGGGCAAUCUAGUAUCACUACCAAUUGUAGUAGAUAGCUUAAUCAAAAUGACUGAUCUUUCAUUGACAUACAACAAACUUGAAACUAUAAACUUAAGAAAAGUGUCCGCCUUGGUUUCAUUGGAGUACCUCAAUGUAUCUCAUAAUUGUAUAUCAACUAUUGAAGAGGACUUUAUCGAAAUUCCUGAGCCUAGUUUGAUUACUACUAUUGACCUUAGCUAUAAUGAACUUGAAUCACUAUCAGAUAACUGCUUCGCGAGGUUUACACGACUUAAAUAUUUGGACCUUUCAUCUAAUUUACUUAAACAAUUAGAUAUACUGACAUUUGAGGGAAUAACACAGUUGGAGACACUGAAACUAUCAAACAAUAAGUUACCAGAAAUUGGUCAACCCUUUGCAAGAUUCAGGAAGUUAAAAGAUUUGACUUUAGAUUAUAAUCAACUGACAUCUCUUAGUGAGUUAAAUUUUAGGAAUCUGAUCAGUUUGGAAAAACUAAACCUAAGUUCAAAUUGGAUAAAGAACAUUGAAGAUCGGUCUCUAGCUACAAAUGAAAAUCUUAAACAAUUAGAUUUACGUCAUAAUAAAAUCAAUGUUAUUCGUCAGACACUAUUUUAUAACAACAUAAACAUGAACACAUUGUCAAUUUCGUACAAUGACAUAGAACAUAUAGAAGGAGGUGCAUUUAGAACAACUAAAAUAUCUAAUUUUGAUGUUCAAAGUAACCGUAUUAGUGGAUCUAUUAAUUAUGAUACAUUUCUAGGCAUGACUGUUGAAACCUUGGAUUUGAGUAACGGGAAAUUAACAGAAUUAGGAGAUAAAGCAUUUAGCUCUUUGAGUUCCAAUUUAAGAUAUUUGAAUAUGAGUAACAAUUUAAUUGAAAAUAUUACAGAAACAGCUUUCCAAUCACUGCAAAACCUUGCGCAACUGGAUUUGUCUUUUAAUAAUUUAAUUGAUAUUGAGUUUAAAACAAAUGAUCUUAUACAAUUGACUGAAUAUUAUCUACACAACAACAAAAUAAAAAAGAUUACUCCUAAUAUGUUCAGAAAUAUGACAAAAUUGGUCAAGUUGGAUUUAUCGCAAAAUAAAAUUGUAGAUAUUGAAUUCAAUUCAUUUAUUGAACUUAUAAACCUCAAGGAACUUCAUGUUGGCAGUAACAAUUUCGUUGAUUCUUUAACAGCAAAUACAUUUCGAGGGUUAUUUAGGGUAAAAUACUUAGACUUAACCAAUACGAGAUUGUUUUCUUGUCUCAAUGAAUCUUUUUCUGGUAUGGUUUCUCUGAAUUUUCUAAACGUAUCCCAUGGUCAGUUAGAAACGAUAGAGUAUGACGCAUUUAAAGCGACUGGGGCUAUCAAAGUAAUUGACUUAUCAUAUAAUAUGUUACAAAAUUUUAACGUUAAUACUUCAAGCAUUUCACAUUUGUCAGAAUUAUAUUUAAACCAUAACAAAUUAAACAAUGUAACAAGUAAAACUUUUAAAAAUCUACUUCUUUUAGAAAAACUAAAUCUAGCUUCUAAUAAUAUAUUUUAUAUUGAUGGUUUACAAACAUUAUCUCAUUUACGUGAUUUGAAUUUAUUUUUCAAUUUGAAUUUGCGUAUUAAAAGCGAUAUUUUUAACAAUUUUGUUUUAUCAGAAGUUUCUUUAAGAAAUGUAAAGCAACCAUUUAAUUUCAAAAAUGCUGUGAAUACUUCAAUUACAACAUUAAUAUUAUCACAUUGUGAAAUUGAAGAUAUAAAUUCUGUUUUUGUUUAUAACAUUAAUAAUAUUCUUAAGUUAGACAUUAGUUCAAAUAAAAUCAAAGCUCUGGAUAAAGGUUCAUUUCCAAAUAUGACUGCUCUUAAUUGGCUCGACGUAAGUUUUAAUAUGAUUUCUAGAAUACAGCCAGGGACAUUUCUAUCCAAUAAUAUGGUAAACACUUUGAAUCUUUAUGAUAAUAAUUUGCAAUCUCUACAAUUUGGAGCACUUGAUGGACUUAGAAACCUUCGUGUUCUUAAUUUAUCCAACAAUGAAAUACAUACAUUUGGUGUAAAUCUGCUACAUACUUCACCAUAUUUGGCUGAAUUGUUUCUUGAAAAUAAUAAUUUAGAAAGUUUUGACUUCAAAGAACUUUCUGAAAUGAAUGUUGCAUUGUUAACUAUUGGUGGUAACAGUAUAUCAUGUGAUGCUUUAGCAAAUUGGAGGAAAUUAAGCAGUGAUACUAGUUUAAAUGUUACUGCAGAGACGUUAGAUUUUCAUUCAGAAAAUAUAUAUGGGAUACGUUGUAAAACAAGUUCUUUACGAGAAACAACUCAAAAUGAAAGCACUAAUGUAAAUGUGACUAGCGAAGUGAUUAAAAUUAAAGAGACAGUCGGGCAGCUAUACAGUUACUUAAAAAUAUCUCUUAAUGAAACAUUUUCAAAAAUUAUUACUGUUUUGGAAAAUAUUCCUGUAAAUUUAGAUAAGGUUUCAGCAAACUUGAACCACUCCCAAUUGGUUUUUACUAAGCAAUUAAAAGACUUGUUAAACCAGAAUAAAACUUUAUUGCCGCAGUUAGUAAAUACAAGUGAUAAUGUAGCAAAUGACAUUAAAUUGAUGAUAUCAUUGUUAGAAAUAAACAAUAAUUUAACAAAACUAAGUAACAUUCAAAAAGAAUUGUUCCAGACGCCGAUUUCUAGUAAAACUAUCCAAACACAGGAAAAAUUAAAUUCAACGGCUACUGAGCCAAAAUUAUAUGGGGCCCGACCAUUUGAAGUUAAAUUAGAUGAAAGUUCAUUAGCAGGUAUAAAAGUAUUGUUAUAUUUUAUUGCUGUAUGUUUAGCGAGUAUAAUUUUAUUUUGUGUUGUAGCGUUAUCGUUUAAAUAUUUGUACAGACAAAGGAUACGUGUAAACCAUUUGUUUGACAGUGGGCAAUCAGUAAGGAAUGGCAUAGAAAUGGAGUAAACAAUAAUACUAAAUAUCUAAAAGACUAUAAAGCAUGGGUUGAAAUAAAUUGUAACAAUGUAAGAUAUUCAUUGUAAAUCUUUAAAUUAAGAUUGUUAAUAAAGAAAUUUGGGUAAAA